AUGGCGGCGCCGAUGCCGGCGCCGGCGUACGAUCUGCGCUGCAGCUUGCUAGAGGAAGGAUGGCUGCCGCAGCCGCAGCCGCAGGCUUGGACGGUGGCGCCACGCCUGGUGCCAAAACCCAAGAAAACCAACCCUCCAUGGGUCGGCGCAUUCAGGGCGUUCGCCAACACGGCGUGUGUCCUAUUUAUAGUCUUCAUCUUCGCGGUCAUGGUUCCACGGAGCAGGGACAAGGACCACCUGGUCGGCAACUGUGUUAUCUCCGUGCUCCUCUCGCUUGGCAUACCUGCCAUGGUGUAUACCCUCACAAUGGACCUUGAUGGUCAACCUCCAGGUGCACGCAAUGCGUGA